ACUUUACACAUAAGCAUCCUAACAUACCUCUAUAUCCCGGAUUCCACACACACAAUAAUUUCUCCCGAUUCGGUGCUAGGGCGGCGGAAGAAUUGGUUUGUUAUCGGCGGCGAUGGGCGGAACGCUGGUGGAUCGCGCGACGAAUGAUGAGCUUAUCGGCCCGGAUUGGGCGAUGAACAUCGAGAUCUGUGAUAUCUUAAAUCGCGACCCGGGUCAAGCGAGAGAUGUUGUGAAAGGCAUAAAAAAACGACUUGUGAGCAAGAAUCCAAAGGUUCAGCUUCUUGCACUAACGCUCCUGGAGACGGUUAUAAAGAAUUGUGGGGAUAUAGUCCACUUGCAAGUAGCGGAGAAAGACAUACUCCAUGAAAUGGUGAAGAUAGUGAAGAAAAAGAACCCUGAUAUUCAUGUCAAGGAAAAGAUAUUGGUAUUGAUAGACACAUGGCAGGAAGCUUUUGGUGGCUCACGGGCUAGAUAUCCACAGUAUUAUGUAGCAUAUCAGGAGUUAUUGCGGCUUGGUGCUGUGUUUCCUCAAAGGUCUGAGAGGUCUGCACCUAUUUUUACUCCUCCACAAACACAGCCGUUGACUAGCUAUCCUCCAAAUUUGAGAAAUGCUAACUAUGGAGAAGAUUUAUCUGAGUCUUCUGCCCCACCUGAUUUUCCUACCUUGAGUGUUACAGAAAUUCAGAAUGCUCGUGGUAUUAUGGAUGUACUUGCAGAGAUGCUAAAUGCUUUAGAUCCCGGAAAUAGAGAGGGUCUUCGGCAGGAGGUUAUUGUUGAUCUUGUUGAGCAAUGUCGUUCUUACAAGCAAAGAGUGAUGCAGCUUGUGAAUUCAACCUCGGAUGAGGAGCUACUUUCCCAAGGGCUUACUCUUAAUGAUGAUCUGCAACGUGUUUUGGCAAAACAUGACGCCAUUGCUGCUGGAAUCGCUGUUCGCAUAGAGAAACCUAAGUCUCUUCAGGCACUCGUUGAUAUUGAUGAUUCUAAAACAACCACAAAAGAUAGCAGCAAACAGCCACAGCAAAGAUCUUCUGCAAGCACAAGUAGCCCGUCUCCUUUUGAGCAAUUAGCAUUACCUGCUCCCCCAGCAUCAAAUGGUUCUGCAAUCCCAGCAAAGAAAGUUGAUCCUCUUAUGGACCUCCUGAGUGGCGAAGAUUUCAAUGCACCUCCUACAAAUUCACUGGCCCUUGUACCUGUCAGUGAACCAGUAGCUUCUCCUUCACCUAAUCAGAACAUUCUAGCCCUUGUGGACAUGUUUCCUCAAAGUAAUAAUAACAACAGCAAUGUCAAUCAAUCUACUCCUUUUGGCUCCACUGCAGCAUUUCCAGCAUCACAGACACCUUCUGCUGCUCCACCCCAGCUUCAGCAACAGUCCCUGCAACAGCCUUCCAUUUAUUCCAAUGAAGGUGUUCCGACGGCAACGGAAUCUCAGUUUGAGCAGGCAAACUAUGGUACCGGAACGCAGAGAAAUCAUGCAAAUCCUUCCUGGAAUGGCCAACAACAAUCAUUUGGCUAUGCAGGUAUGAAUGAUCAAGGUGGAGAUUUACCCCCACCACCAUGGGAAUCUCAGCCAGUGCAGACUAAUCAAGUACCUGCUCAACAUCACCAAGUUCCUCAAGCAAUGCAAGCAAGUCAGAUUGCGGGGAUGCAGAGUCCUACAGCUAUGCAGAAUGGCCUUCCAGCAGGGCUGCAGCCCCAGCCUAUGCAGAGUCCUCAAACUGGGGGAAUGUUUCCUCAAACUGUGCAACCCAACCAGUUUGGAGGUAUGUAUCUUCCGCAAAUGCAGAUUAACCCAGCUGGAGGUAUCUAUAACCCUCCAAUACAUGGAGGACCAUUUGUUGCUAUUCCUCAGCAACCUAUGUAUGGAAUCCAAAUGACUGGUUAUUUACAAGGACUGCAGCAGCCACAACUUUAUGGUCAAAUGGGACAAGUAUACCCAUAUCCAAACCCAAAUGAUCUUUCUCAAAGAGUUUAUGGACUCUCCAUGCAAGACAAUAGAUACAUGAACACUAGCUCUAGCUCGUCUUAUCCGAGGCCAUCUUCGUCAUCGUUCUUGCCAAUGUCGAACAACAAACCACAGAAGCCUGAGGAUAAACUGUUUGGUGAUCUUGUUAAUAUUGCCAAAUCAAAGACAAAUAAACCCAUCAGUAAAGUAGGGAGCUUGUAAAAUUUGGUGACUCCAUUUGUGCUUUACUUUAAAUUGUUUUUGGUUUGCAUGUUUUCCACUGAUUCAGUGAUUCUACAUAUAUGCAUAUUCUUGCAUUUCAGCAUCAUUUUGUAUUAUGUUUUCUCUGUUGAUUUUUUUUCUGAUGUAUAUCUUCACUUGGAAGGGGGAAAUAAAGAAUUAAUUAGUUUGUGAGUUUAGGCUUCAA